AUGGCAGACGGGACGCCAGACUCACCUGGCAUUAGGGCUCCGGAGUCAUCCACUGAGCUAUCGAACGCCAGCGACAACUCCAGCAUUGACGACGCGAAUGACCUAAAUCUAGACUUAAAGAGCAAGUCGCCUCGACGUGUAAAGGUCUACUUACUUCGAGGAGAGGACUGGUUAGACAACGGCACUGGCUACUGUAUGGGCCAGGUUGACAGCAAGCUGAAAAAGCCAUAUUUCAUAGUCAGAAACGAGCUCGACUCAGACGACAUCAUUCUCAAAUCGUUUUUGGAGGGCUCUAUCCAAUAUCAGCGCCAGCAAGAGACACUUAUAGUUUGGACGGACUUGUCAGGGAAAGACUUGGCCCUUUCGUUCCAGGAGAACGAAGGAUGCGCCGACCUUUGUGAUUUUAUUGUCAAAGUACAGCAGCAAAGUCUCAGCCCGAUGAUUUCGCUCUACUACGUCUUAUCUACCAUGCAAGAAACGAAUGGAGAUGGCCCUCGGGAAAUAACAGAGUUGGUGACGGGGCCCAUCACGUAUCCUCCAACUAAGCCCUCAAAGAGGUGUUUGGAUGAUGUGUUGGACAUCAUCAAUCAGGGAUCAAAUUCGCAGUAUACGCGUUCACACAUUGUCCGAUUCUUAGUCGAAGAAAACUAUCUACAGAGUCUUUUCGAGAUAUUUCGCAAAGCAGAGGACGAGAGAGACCUUCCCACGUUACACCAGUUGAGUGAUAUCGUCAAAAUACUCUUGGUGUAUAAUGAGCCCACUUUCUUAGACGAGUUGCUAGUUUCGGAGCAGAACGUUCUAGGAUUUGUGGGCAUUCUCGAGUAUGAUCGAGAUUAUCCGAAAUUCAAGGCCUGUCACCGCGAGUAUUUACUUGAUGAGUCGAAAUUCAAGUCAGUGAUGGAUAUCCCGCUCCCCCCACAAGCAGCUAACUCCGAGAUGAGCAUAUUCAGGCGGGAUUUCAUCUUGAAUUACUUGAAGAAUGUCGUUCUUGCUCGCAACUUGGAUGAUCAAACGCUAAAUACGCUUUCAUCCAUGAUCUAUAACAACCAGAUGGAUAUCAUCAGUUUUCUCAAAGAUUCCAAAGCCAAUGGUGAUUUGCUCACGCGAUUAUUUGCGCUUUAUGACCUGAACGACGACGAAAAUCUACUUCAAAGAAAAAGAGAUGGAAUAAAGAUGCUUCAUCAAUACGUGUUAGUUACAAAGGGGCAUCAAGCAAGCCUGCGACCAGACUUUUAUUCUGCGUUAGUAGAUUCGGGCUUAUUCAAAAUGGUCAAGUUUGCUUUAAGAGAUACAGAUAGUAAUAUUCGUGUCGUGGGAACGGAGCUUCUUGUGACGAUAAUCGAGCAAGAUGUCUCUCUUGUUAACUCACCAACCAUUGAAGAGCAUGUGGACGAACUUGAUCCACCAGUACAUGAACAUAGAAUGGAAGAUUCAGACGACGCCAACCAUGACAAUUCUGAGCCUUUGGGUAUUAACUUGGAAAGUGAAAUGUCGUUGACCCUUGUUUUGGGCCAAUUGUUGCUUGAAGACAAGAACCCUGGACUAAAAAUUCAAGCCUACGAGGCGAUAAAGACUCUACUUACUUCAGCGAGUGCAUCUGAGAGUUGCAAUGACAUGGUAGAUGAUACAGAACAAAAGUCGCGGGAGCUGAGCGCAUCCAGUCACUCAAGACGACACUUUGUUGCAUUUUAUGAGCAGGUUGCCCCUGUUCUUUUCCGAGAUUUUAUUGAUUUAGCCAGUGAGGAUGAACAAAAAUGCGCCGAAGCAGAAGAAAAGACUAGGAACGAUCCGAUUCUUUACCAACAUUUAUGUGAUCUCAUUUCUUUCUGCUGCCGAGAACAUGAGCCGUCCAUAUGCCGCCCAUUUUUCUUCAAUAAUAAUAUUUUGAAAGGUAUUCUUAGGAUCUUACGAACCAAACUGAAGAUCACAUUGAAAUUGGGGGUGAUGAGAUGUUUCAAGAGCAUCAUACUACUCAAUGACUAUCCGUUCUGUCGCCAUAUUAUUGAUAACAAUCUUUUCAAAGACUACUUUGAGUUUUUUGGAAUGGUUGCAAAUGAAAAUAGUCUUGCCAACUCGCUGUGCCUCGACCUCUUGGAGAUCAUCAUCAGGCGCAGUAUAGGAAAGAACUUUCGCCAGUUGGCCAUGCAUAUCUACAACGAUUACAAAACAUUUUUGGAGACCCAGAUUGAUUACGUUUCCACAGGAAGAGAUUUGAUGUUAACUGUGGAGAGCCAUGUGCAACUGCUCAAUGAUCCAACCGCGACCAGCGUUGAUGCCGAGCCGGAGAACUACACGGACAACCCCUCAUCGCCAAUACGCAAGGGUGAAGAAGAAGACGAAGAAGAAGUUCAAGAAAAUGGCAAUCACAAUAAUAUGUUCGAAAAUAUCCAGAAGGAAAUUUCCGGCACUAAGAGAGGUAAUGAGGAGAGGGAGGAUGGCGAGGUUUUCGGAGGUUCGGAAGAAAACUCCGAAGCAAACGGUACUUCAAGAAAACGAGUGAGCAUUUCUAUUCCCGAGGACCAGCUGCUUGACCAGAAUCGAACACUGAACCAAAGUGUGACCACUUAG